GGGGCCAUCUGCUGACGAUAACCUAUGAUAUCGGUCCCUUCUGGGAGUGUGCAGCAAGACGAGGACAGGAGCAUUUUUAACCUAUCGGUACCCUACUGUUUCUAGAUACCAUCCACCCUCGUCUUUCUUUUCUUCUUUCUUUCUUUUCUUUUUUUCCCUCCUUUCCCCUUUGCUUUCUCACUUACCACCGUUCCUCUAUUUUAUCCCUACACCCGGAAACCGAGUGCACUGUGCGUCUUCCUUGUGUGAUAUCGCGGUGCUUUUAUUUGGGUAGCGGUGCUUUUUCUCCUCUUCCUUCCUAUGGCAGCUGCUUAGCUUACCGUACCCUACUCGUACUGGCCCCCUUUCAACUGUUUGUUACUCGUAUCUUCACCCUCGUCGUCAUCGCCAUCGUGUCGCGAGAGGUGAAACGCCGCAUAAUAGACACCAUCGUCAUCGUCAUCACUGCAACUCAACCCCUCAAACGACAAACAAACUGCUUCGUCCACUAUCCUCUACACACACACACACACUCUCUCUCUCUCUCUCUCUGCCCCUCUUCCACGCUCGUCUCCAGCAAUGGAUGAUUUACCCCCGGCGAAUGCCACGACCCCUCGCCGUCAAUCACCCUUGCCUUCCAUCCGUCUGCCCGUUCCCGGUGCCCCUUCCUCCAGUCUCGCCGUCUACAGUGCUCGCUUCAGGGCCGCCUUCGUCGGUGCUGACCCGCGGGUCUGCACUGCUUUCUGGCUGUUUGGUCUGGCUUCCGGCGAACCGUUUUUCAUCCCCUGCCCCUCGCCCGCUUGAUCCGGCUAACCUUCCCCCCCCCCCUCUUUCAGGCCUCAUCAACAACGUCCUCUACGUUAUCAUCUUGUCCGCAGCCCUCGACCUCGUCGGCCCGACCCUGCCGAAGGCUAUAGUGCUCCUUGCCGAUGUCGUCCCUUCCUUCUUGACGAAGCUUGUGGCCCCGUACUUUGUUCACCUCAUCUCUUACCGCAAGAGGAUCCUGGUAAUGGUGGCCCUGUCCUUCACCGGCAUGCAGCUAGUGGCCUGGGCCGACUCCCUGCCGGGGCGCUUGUUUGGGGUAGUGCUGGCCUCCGUAUCCUCGGGCUUGGGUGAGAUGUCGUUCCUGUCCAUGACCCACUUCUACGGAUCCUUCGCCGUGCUCUUCUGGUCGUCGGGGACUGGGGGAGCGGGGCUUAUCGGAGCGGGGCUUUAUGUGUUGGCCACCACUUGGAUCGGCUUCAGCGUUGGGGGGAGUUUGAUGGUGUUUGGGUUCUUGCCGGCUGUAAUGCUUAUCGCCUUUUUCGGAGUCCUACCCCUGGCUCCUUUACGGGGAGGGAGUGGCUAUGAAGCGUUGAGGGACGGCGAUGAGAUGCUUGAUCCAGACCUUGAGGACGAUGGCGCAGCCGGCGGAUUGCUGGCGUCUUCGGGACGUUCUGCCAGUGGACACACGUUCCCUGCAGUCAGUGUCGGCUAUGCAACGGGUGAAAAGACGUUCGCCGGUCAGGUUGACGUUGCAUGGAGGGGACUUCGGGCGAACUUGAGAAAGACACGGCAUCUGUUUCUUCCCUAGUACGCUGAUCUCUUUGACACGAAUGACCCAGUUCCUAAUCCUAUCAUAGUAUGCUUCCGUUGCUCCUGGUCUACAUUGCCGAAUACACUAUCAAUCUCGGCGUCGCUCCAACACUUCUAUUCCCGCUACCCUCCAUGCCCUUCAAGAAUUACCGCGAUGCAUAUCCCAUGUACAACACAAUCUACCAGACUGGCGUCUUCAUCUCGCGCUCCUCGACUCCCUUUGUCCGUGUCCACAAACUCUACCCGCCCGCCUUGCUCCAAGUAGCCAACUUGGCGCUCCUGGUGCUUCAUUCCCAGUACAACUUUCUUCCAAACAUUUGGAUAGUCUUUGUAGUUGUGUUCUGGGAGGGGUUGCUUGGAGGACUAGUCUAUGUGAACACUUUUGCCGAGAUAACUGAUAAUGAGCCCGAAGAUGAACGUGAGUUCUCGCUAGGGGCCACCACAGUGAGCGACUCCGGUGGUAUUUGUAUUGCGGGUUUCAUUAGUCUGUGGCUAGAAAUGUAUCUUUGCCAGUGGCAGGUUGACAGAGGAAGGGAUUACUGUCGGCAGACUUGAUCAUUUCUCCUCCAACUUCUUCCUCUGUUCCUUUUCUCUUGUCCUACUUGCCGUAUUUGUUUAUAUACUGGACUGGAGUUUGUUGAAGACGGGGGGUUUCUUUUUUGCUUUUUUUUUUUUUGUCAUGAAAGGUGUCUGGUUGCUCGCUCUCUUGUAUCGUUAUUGCGAGCGCGUGAUAUACCACAGCUAGAAUAUCGGUCCUAUCAUACCCGAUUCAACUUU